GACGAAAUAAUCUAAGUGUGAACAUUUUUGUUCGAUGCCACAGAUGCCAAAAAAACGUCGUAACAUCAACUGGAAACGGGCGCAAGUGAUUCAGCUCCUGAAGCUCUUCCAACAACGCCGAAUUCUAUACGAUCCGAAGGAAGAGGAUUACCGAAACAAGGGCCGUCGGUCCUUAGAAUUGGCAAAAAGUGUGAGGGUCCUGCGUCAAGCGAUGCCGAAGCUGUCGGAGAAGGCUGUUGAGAACAAAUUCGGUAGCCAAAGUGCCGGGCCUACAGUUGCCCUACUGGUACAAUUUUAUGGAUUUCUACAAGCCAGUCGCAGCAGGGUCGUGUCCUCAGCCACACGACAUCAAAUGCCGGAAAGGCCAGUGCUGGUGUUGGUGCGGGUCAGUCGUCAUCUGAUAGCAGUGAGGAUAGCGACGCGGACGAAUCUGUGUUCAUUAAACAGGAGCCGAUCUUCGAUCAGUCCACAAUUAUUCGGGAAUUCUUGGCCGGACUUGGCUUGGACUCCUUUGAGUCCAUCCUUAAGAAUCCUUUGUCAGAUUAGAUUAAGACCUCAGUUGAUUCAUUUUAGAAAUGAAAUACAAUGCACGAAAGUGCAAGCAGCUCUUUAAGUUACGUUUCU